AUGCACCUCUCUCUUCUCGCGUGCACCUCUCUCUUCUCGCGUGCACCUCUCUCUUCUCGCGUGCACCUCUCUCUUCUCCCAUGCACCUCACUCUUCUCGCGUGCACCUCUCUCUUCUCGCGUGCACCUCUCUCUUCUCGAAUGCACCUCUCUCUUCUCGAGUGCACCUCUCUCUUCUCGAAUGCACCUCUCUCUUCUCGAAUGCACCUCUCUCUUCUCGAAUGCACCUCUCUCUUCUCGCGUGCACAUCCAACCGCAUGCCUACUGCCACCCCCCUUCUCGAGUGAAUCAGAUCCAUUGCCUAUUUCACAACAGCAGCAGCCCCACACCUGCUGCCUGCGUGCCCCCUCCUGCUCUCUCUUCUCUCCCCUGUACUGCUCCACUGACACUCCUCUCCUAUCCCCCAUUGCUUCAGCUGCUCUGCUCUGCUGUCCUCUGGCCCCAAUCGCCUCUUCUCCCCUUUCUCCCCGACCUGCCGUCUCCCCUCCCUGCCAUUCCCCCUCCCUGCCAUUUCCCCUCCCUGCCGUCUUCCCUUCUCUCCCCCAUUCCUGCCUGCCACGGCCCAUCAAUGCAGCAGCACCGCCUCUCACCCCCUCACACCCCAUCUGGCCCCUCACAUCACACCCCAUCUAGCCCCUCACACCUUAUCUGGCCCCUCUCACCCCAUCUGGCCCCUCACACCCCAUCUGGCCCCUCACACCCCAUCUGGCCCCUCACACCCCAUCUGGCCCCUCACACCCCAUCUGGCCCCUCACACCCCAUCUGGCCCCUCACACCCCAUCUGGCCCCUCUCACCCCAUCUGGCCCCUCACACCCCAUCUGGCCCCUCACACCCCAUCUGGCCCCUCACACCCCAUCUGGCCCCUCACACCCCAUCUGGCCCCUCACACCCCAUCUGGCCCCUCACACCCCAUCUGGCCCCUCACACCCCAUCUGGCCCCUCACACCCCAUCUGGCCCCUCACACCCCAUCUGGCCCCUCACACCCCAUCUGUGUGCUCCCACCUGCAUCGCCUACUGCUCCCCACUCCAUUGCAUCUCCUGCCACUCGUUUCUUUCCUUCAGCGCUGGUCAACCUUCCUCUCUCCCUGCACCAUCCUCCGAUAAUGCUAAACACUCCACCUGCAUGGUGCAUGCGUGGUGCAUGGGUGGCUCAUGCGUGGUACAUGCGUGGUGUAUGGGUGGUGCAUGCGUGGUGCACGCAUGGUGAAUGCAGGAGUUUGUCGAGCAACCAUCUACCGGAGUCACUACCAGAGCAGCUCUCCCAGCUGCAGAAGCUGCAGUCUCUGUAA